AUAGAAUAAAUACUUCAUGUUUCAGUUAUGGGUUUUUCGUCUUCAAAACCAGCUGCUCCAUCUCUACUUCUUGAAAAACCAUGGAGGAAAAUUAACAAUGGAGAGAACCCAACUGAUCAGCAUUUUGUGGAGAACUACAAACCAGAGGUUGAAGAACAAAAUCUUAGGAUCCUUCUUCAUGGUCCAGUUGGAGCUGGAAAAUCUAGUUUCAUCAAUUCUGUAAACAGCGUCUUACAAAAGAGAGUAUGUUGCAAGGCUUUGGUGGCUAACUCUUGUGACUGUUUCACCAAAAAG